AUGCUGUACGCCCUCGUAAUUUUGCUGGUCUGCGUUGUUAGCGCCACCACCGCUACGGUCGCCGUCUUUCCGGCUGCUGUGCAGACACAAAUCGUCAACAACUUCAACAGCGUCCGCUCGCAAGCGGCCAGAGGAGUGUUGCGUUGGGCCAACUACACCGUGGACUAUGAUUAUGAGAUUCAGGGAGAGCCAUCUCCAUGGAAUAAGACCUACCCCAAGUCCACAAAGCUGUACAGCUUGCCGGCCACCUACGGAGAGCUGACCCACGGUGUCAUGUACGGCAUCGCCCCCAACACCUACACGGCCGCACAGAUGUUCACGAAAGCCUGGACCGGAUCGUGGUUCGGCUGGCUGCAGAGCUUCGGUCUGCCGAAGAUGGCCUACGCCAAGUCUGAUAACCAAUACCAGAAUAUGGCCUAUCAGCUUCUCGCCGGCACCUCCCAGAAAAUCGGAUGCGCCUACCGUAACGGAACUGGGACUGAUAACACCUGGUCGGUGGUAUGCGAAAUGACGCCAAGAGGUCUGACAGCCAAUGUAGCCGUCUACCCAGCGGGAGCCAUAUGCUCAGCUUGUCCAGCCGCCGCCCCGUGCCUCCCGAAGGCCAAGGGACUCUGCGUCCCCAAAGCA